AUGGUAAACACUCCAUUCUACAUCACCAUCUCAGUAAUCGCCUUUGUCAUCUCAAAGAUCAUAAUGGCCGUCCUUUGCUACCGCCGAUGGAAAACGAAACAAACGGUCAUUCAAGACACCACCAAAGGCGGGAAACUAGUCAUGUUCGCAUCACCAAGAAUCAAAUCCUUAAACCCGAGCGUGUUCUUGAAGAAGACUAUGAGGCUGAGCAGUAAGGACGUGAUUGGAUCAGGAGGAUUCGGGACGGUUUACAAGCUGGCGAUCGACGAUCAAAUUUCGUUAGCAGUCAAAAGAGUCAACAGAUUAAGCGGCGAGCAAGACCGUGGGUUUGAGAGAGAGUUGGAGGCAAUGGGAGACAUUAAGCAUCGGAAUAUAGUAACGCUACACGGAUAUUACACGGCCCCACAGUACAACCUUCUCAUUUACGAACUUAUGCCUAAUGGCAGUUUAGACACACUGCUUCACGGAAAAUGUAUGAACAAGAUGGCUCUUGACUGGCCUACAAGAUACAGAAUAGCAGUUGGAGCCGCACGAGGGAUUGCGUACCUUCAUCAUGACUGCAUUCCUCAUAUAAUACACAGAGAUAUUAAGUCGAGCAAUAUAUUGUUGGAUCACAACUUGGACGCUCGAGUAUCAGAUUUUGGGUUAGCUACUUUGAUGGAACCGGAUAAAACUCACGUGUCGACAUUAGUUGCUGGCACUUUUGGAUAUUUGGCUCCUGAAUAUUUUGAUACUGGAAAAGCUACGGCAAAAGGAGAUGUCUACAGCUUUGGAGUCGUGUUAUUGGAGCUUCUAACGGGUAAAAAGCCGACGGAUGAAGCAUUUGUUGAGGAGGGAACUAAGCUGGUGACUUGGGUGAAGUCAGUUGUCCAAGAAAAGAGAGAAGAGUAUGUGCUCGACUGCAGUUUGACGGAUUUUCCGGUAGACGAGGUGAACCGUGCAUUUAGUAUAGCAAUGAUGUGUCUUGAAUCAGAGCCAUCGAGAAGACCUACCAUGGCAGAAGUUGUGAAGAUGCUAGAGCAGAUUAGACCAGAAGAAACUGAAUCAAGAACUUGA